CAGCGAGAUAAAAAAUAUAGAGAAGAGAAGAUGAGAGAGAGAAAGAGAGAGAGAAAGACAGAGAGAGAGAGAGAGAGAGAGAGAGAGAGAGAGAGAGAGAGAGAGAGAGAGAGAGAGAGAGAGAGAUGCUAAAUUCUGUAGUGGGUGUAGUGGGAGGCAGGAGAACAUUCCUCCACUCCUAAAGCUCUGCAGAUCUGUCCAUCACAGGCGCUGUUUCACUACUGUACCUCAGACCUGCAGCUCCGCUCCCGGGGGACCCGCAGCUUCUCCACUCCUCCCUCCGGUCCGCGGCUGAGGGCGACUAACGACGGCACUUUGUUCUGAACUGAACGGUUCGGGAGAGAAGAGGAGCGGGCGAGCGAUAGAGCGACAAGUAGCUUUAAAGCAGAUCUGUGGAGGAGGCGCGGUGCUGUCAGGUGGGCUGAAUCUAUAAAGUAACGAUAGGUUAGCGUGAUAAACACCGUUGUUUAUCGCUCGUUGGCUUCAUUAGCUAUGGAUAGCUAACUAACUAGUUAACGCUAGCUGAGUUACCUCCGUCGCGAGGAGACAGAAAAGUAACUUACACAGUUUUUCAUUAAUUCGCCUUUUUUCCCGUCAGUUUUCACUGAAUACUAUUUAUUUUGUCACGAGUUAGUCCGUAUAUCUCGUCAGCUGGAAUUCAGGAAGAGAAAAAUCGGUCGUUUCGCGCUGCUACACUUUUUUACCCGUUGUUUCUCCUCAGGGUAAAAAACGGCGGGAAGCGCGUGAGGUGAAGCGCGCGCGCACGGUUGCGCGCGACUCUCAGCCAUGGGGUGAAGGAGAGGACUGAGCUACACGACAGUGUGUUUGGGUCGACUAUUUCAUAGUUUUUUCCAGCAAAAUGUUCACCAGAGACCCUCACUCGACAGACGGACUCCAACACAGGGACAGUGUGUUGUUUUAUAAAUGUUUAACUGUCUAGUUUUAAUCUUUUUGACGUUUUUUGAACCUGCAUCAUACUACACAGAAGCGAAAUGUGUUCAGUAUGCUAAGCUAAAGCCAACCUGUGGUACUUUAGCUGUAAUGUAACUUAAUUUUUUUGCCUCAAGAUAGAUAUAUUUCGUGUUACUAAAAAUGAACGCUCAUACUAAGCUUCCUUGGUAACCACCUCCUCCAGUGCUUUUUUGAGUUUGCCUCAGCAUGUGGGAGUUUAAUGCGGCAGUUCUGAAAAUGGUGGAUUGGAUUUCAUAGUAGAAAAUUAAGCUUGUUUAAUUGCAUUUCUGCUGAUGUCCUUAAUUCGUUGGACUGUAAUAGAUGGAUUAAUCACUUUGGAGGAAAAAAACUGUUUUUCUCCCUGUUUUUUUUAUGUCAUGUUUGUAAACUGACUAAACUGAUUGAAUCGUAUCAAGUGUGUAAAAAUAUGAAAACAACAGUGGCCCAAGACUGACUUACUUUUUUUAUAUUGGAAACACACUGAUAAUUCCCCAGGGCUUUUUCUUUUUUCCCAGAAUGCCCUAAAAGACUUUUAAAUAUUAAGAAGGAUCCAGACUCAAGUGUUGAGUCAAACUUCCUUUCCCUUAGUUUCAUCCAUUCACUGAGACAUCUGAGAGUUCUUCUAGAAGAUAAACCACAGCCCCCAUCUUGCUCUUCCCUCUACCAUCCCUUGAUUUAUCUCCCCCCCACUGAAUCAGUCAAGUGGGGGGGGGGACUGAACAUUACAGGGGUCACUUUAGUGCCCCUGACACCAAAACCUGGGCAAUGGAGUCCAACCCGGACAGCCCGAGUAGGGCUGUGGAGUACCUCCUGGAGCUCAAUAACAUCAUCGAGAACCAGGCGAAGCUACUGGAGACACAGCGGCGGCGCAUUGAGGAGCUCGAGACUCAACUCGACCGCGUCAACCAGGAGAACAAGGACCUUCGCCUGGACCGGAAACCUGGGGGCGAGAACUUAUCACAGAACCACAACCAUGAGCAGAGCUCAAAGGCGAAUCAGCCCACGUCUAUGGUUAACCACAACGCCAACAGUGUCCACCACAACAGCAGCGGCAACGUGCCCUCGUCCACUGUACCUGGCCCAGCCCGGAGGACCCACACCAGGCUGACCCGAGGCCUCUCAUGUGGUUCUGCCCCUGUGGAGAAGGAGAGGGGGAGGCUGGAGCGAACAGACAGCAGUGGAACCAACAGCACUUCGACUCUGCGGAGACAUGUUCAGCAGGACAGUGAGGUGUCAGAGUCGAGCCCCUUCUCUGACAGCAGUAAGGCCCCUUAUGUCCACCGUGUUGAUUUCUACAACGACAGCGGCUGUGGCCCGCCAGGUUCCCGGGGGCCGGUGGUGGCCCCCCCAAGCCCAGCCAGCCUCGCCUGGGCCCAGCGCACCCGAAACCAGCCGGCCAGCCUGGCCUUACGCAAGCAGGAGGAGGAGGAGAACAAGCGGUGCAAAGCCCUGUCAGAAAGCUAUGAGCUCUCCACAGAUCUCCAGGACAAGAAGGUGGAAAUGCUGGAGAGGAAGUAUGGUGGCUACUUCCUAAGCAGACGAGCGGCGCGCACCAUUCAGAACGCCUUCCGGCAGUAUCGCAUGAACAAGAACUUUGAGCGUCUGCGAAGCUCAGCGUCUGAAAGCCGCAUGACACGUCGCAUCAUCCUGUCCAACAUGCGUAUGCAGUAUUCUUUUGAUGAUCGACAGCCUCAGCCACAACCCCCGACCCACCACAGUACAGGCAUGGGGGCACCACAUUUACCGGACAUGGAGCCUGGCCCUCCAUCCCGCCCGGGAGACUAUACGCACUUAGAGGACUCGUUCUCAAAACAGGUUAAGUCCCUGGCUGAUUCCAUCGAUGAUGCUCUGACGUGCAGGACGUCCAGAGAAGACUCUCAGGAGGGCAUCGGAGACAGCAGUGGGGUGGUGGACGACUUCGGUGAAUGCAUCUGGAGCAGCAGCAGCCAUCCGUCCCUCCGCAGAGGCAUGGGUGACCGGGAUCGGAGCGGUGGCGGAGGUGGCUUGAGCAUGCAUGAAGACAGCACAGCGACUUCAUACAGCGACGUCACCCUCUACAUGGACGACGGCCUGCCGUCCUCACCGCUGUCACUGGACAGAGCCCCGAGCAGCACAGACACAGAGUUCUGGGGCGGUGGCGGGGGAAGCAGUGGUGUUGGAGGUCGAGAGGACAGCCGGGACACAGAGGGAGGAGGGAGCAGCAACAGCCGCAGGAGCACACCUUGCACAGAGUGCCGUGACUACCGCCUCCGGGGGGCACACUUACCCCUGCUCACCAUCGAGCCACCCAGCGACAGUUCUGUGGACAUGAGUGACCGAUCAGAUCGUGGCUCUCUCGGAAGGCAGCUGGUGUAUGAGCAGGACUCGGCUGGAGGCUCCCCGCAAGGAACUCUCAAACACAACCCAAACGCCCGCUCUGCUACCUCUGGCACAGCACAAGGCCAGGCUCGCCCGGCUGCUCGACCUUUGCCCUCACACAUCCCCCACCACGUAGCACACCACCACCAUCACCACCACCAUCACCACCAGUACCCCGACACGCCCUCGUCUUCUUCUUCCCCACAGCAGCCCCCGACCACGCCGCUGUCCUCCUCAUCCUCUGCCCCACUGCCCCCUGGUGGUCUGGAUCAGCAGUGCUGCUCAGAUGGUGACAAUGACUCGCUAAACUCCACCACUAACUCUAACGAAACCAUAAACUGCAGCUCGGGCUCUUCUUCCAGGGACAGUCUGAGGGAGCCGCUGCCACCACUGGGAAAACAGACUUAUCAGAGAGAGAGCCGCCAUAGCUGGGACUCGCCUGCCUUCGACAAUGACGUGAUGCAGAGACGGCAGUACCGCAUUGGCCUCAACCUCUUCAACAAGAAACCAGAGAAGGGCAUCCAGUACCUGAUAGAGCGUGGCUUUGUGUCGGAUACGCCGGUCGGCAUCGCCCGCUUCAUUCUGGAGAGGAAGGGUCUGAGCCGACAGAUGAUCGGGGAAUUCCUGGGCAACAGACAGAAGCAGUUUAACAAGGAUGUGCUCGAUUGUGUGGUAGAUGAGAUGGACUUUUCUGGAAUGGAUCUAGAUGAUGCUCUGAGGAAGUUUCAGGCCCAGAUCAAAGUGCAAGGAGAGGCUCAAAAAGUGGAACGACUCAUUGAGGCUUUCAGUCAGAGGUACUGCGUGUGUAACCCUGCACUGGUGCGGCAGUUCCAGAACCCUGACACCAUCUUCAUCCUGGCGUUUGCCAUCAUUCUCCUUAACACAGACAUGUACAGCCCCAGUGUCAAAGCGGACAGGAAGAUGAAACUAGAUGAUUUCAUCAAGAACCUGAGAGGAGUAGACAAUGGACAGGAUAUCCCACGUGACCUGCUGGUUGGGAUUUACCAGCGCAUUCAGAAGUGGGAGUUGAGGACCAAUGAUGACCAUGUCUCGCAGGUCCAGGCUGUAGAGAGAGUAAUUGUGGGCAAGAAACCAGUCCUGUCUCUUCCUCAUCGUAGGUUGGUCUGCUGCUGCCAGCUCUAUGAGGUGCCUGACCCCAACCGACCCCAGCGGACCGGGGUCCACCAGAGAGAGGUCUUCCUUUUCAACGACCUGUUAGUGGUGACAAAGAUCUUCCAGAAGAAGAAAACCUCAGUGACGUACAGUUUCCGACAGUCCUUCCCUCUGGUGGAGAUGCAGGUUCACAUGUUCCAGAAUUCCUACUACCCACAUGGUGUCAGACUAACGUCAGCGAUCCCAGGCGGAGAGCGCAAGGUGCUGAUUGUGUUCAAUGCUCCGAGUCUGCAGGACCGCACGCGCUUCGUCAGCGACCUAAGAGAGAGCAUUGCUGAGGUGCAGGAGAUGGAGAAAUACAGAGUGGAGUCGGAGCUAGAGAAGCAGAAAGGCGUGAUGAGGCCCAGCCUGUUGAGUAGCAGUGUAGUGGGUGGAGGAGUGGGCGGGGUCAAGAAUGAGGUAGUUAAUGGCACAAUCGGAAGACCCAGCCUGGACGACAACUACUCACCCGGUGAAGGCCUAAAGCGCACUGCUCUCAGCUCCUCAUUAAGGGACCUAUCUGAUUCAGGGAAACGCGGUCGCAGGAACAGCGUUGGUUCCCUUGACAGUACAAUGGAAGUAAGUCUGAGUGGAGCAGAGCAGUCCGCGGCCUCACCAGCGUUAUCCAAUAGCCACUGUUCUCCCGAGCUGCUAUGGAGCCGAAGACUACCGGCCUCACCGCCCCAUCCUGAGCCCCGGAGUGGGGAUGGGGGGUGGGCCGGGGCAGCAGCAACAACACACCACACCUGCGGUGGCUGGCGCUGGGCCAGCCUCCAGCAGCAGCAGCAGCGAGAGAGGAGCCAGUGGGACGGGGAGUGGGACGAGCACUGCCGGCUCCUUCCUGGGCUCCCUGUUUGGGGGCAAGCGUGCCAAAGCGCCAGGCCCCAUUAUCCCCCCGGGGCCACCUUACCCCGCCCCCGUGGCCCCGCCGAGCACUGGGGGCCCUCCGCCCCACUCUCCUUCCCCGUGCUCUGCGGAAGCAGGGGGCCCUUCCAAGAUCCAGGCCCUGCACGCCCAAUACUGCCACACUACUACCAGCAGCAGCAACAGCAGCAGUGUGGCUGGGCAACAGCCUCCGCCCCCAUAUUACCACCCGCACCAACGCUACCACGUGCAGAGCGCGCCGGCAUCUGGACACCAGCACCAGCACCCCACAUUACAGCGGGUCACCCUGCCACGUCGGCCUCUCCCCAACCCCUCCGGGCACAACCCUUACCCCCCGCCACUUUCCCAGCAUGCUUUGCCGCAAGCUCGCUACGGGACCUUGGGACACAUACCCUCAACGUGCGUCGUGCCGCCUCCCCCCCUUUCUCCUCACUCCCCACUCUCCCAACACCCGCAGUUUGCCCUCUUCCACACUCCACCUCAGCCCUCACACUCGGCCAGAGGGGGCGCCGUCUGCAAGCCUCCGCUGACAUUGUCACACUCGCAGCCGCACCCGCACGCUCACUCCCACGUGGGGCAUACGCCCCUCCCCGCCCAUUUCAUCUUCGCCAGCCCGCCCCCGGCGCCCACCCAGCCGCCCCCACCCCCGCCGCCAGUCUCCGCGCCCCCUCCCGCCACUGCCCAUCACGGGCCGCCGGUCGGCCCGUAUCUGCCCCAGUAUCCUCCACUGCUCUCCUCCAUCCCCCCUCCCCCCCCCCACUCCCCUUUACCCCCCCCUUCCUCCCCCCUUACCCCUCUUACGCCUCUCUCCCCUCUCCCCCCCCAGCACCCCGCCCCGCCACCGCCUCUGCCACUGCCGGCCGGGUCACAGGCCCCGGGGUCCCAAGCCUCGGUGGGACAGAGUGGAGGAGCCGCACCUGGGGGGACCGGUACAGUCGACCGGGCCAAAUCCAAGCCUACCAACCGGAUCAGCACGGUAGUGUGAGCAGGGUAAAGGGUGGCAGGUCACGGGGUUGGGGCUCGCUGCGGGGGCCCCUGGUGGUGGGAGGAGGGACGUCGGAGAGGCUGGAGGAAGUGGGAGGCCGGUCCAGGACAGAGAACAAGAAGAAGCGCAACCUGCUGAGACUCUGUUACUUUCACCUGCGCUUCCCACAAGUGUAGAUGGAUGCAAAGGGAGACGGACACGGGACACAUUUACAAAUCAACACUUACAAUACACUCACAAAUGUAAGGUGAGGUCAAUCGCCCUACAGUGGUUUACGCGGUUCAAGGACUACAACCUCAGAACCUACCGCAGCUUACUUUCAAUGUAAGUGUGGAAGUAACUCAGUGCCACCCAAUAAAGUCCUUUCCUCCUUCAGCUCCAAACACUACAAGAUCAUAAAAUCUUUUAACAAAAGCGAUAAUAUAUACAGUACAACCAGGGAACAAACACACACCCCAACACACACUCACCUAAAGGGGGUGCACAAACUGCCAUAAGACAAUGUAUUCUGAGGGCCAGCACAUCAGAAACAUGAGAGCUUGUCUAAAUGCCUUUCUUGAUGUAAGAAUGGACCUAAAACCUGUAUGUCAGGGAGAGAGAGAGAGAGAGCGUACCAUCAAGGAGAUUCUGAAUACUUUACAGGGCACACAAUGUACAUUCCAGCUACCAUUCCAGUGUGACAGAAUAUCUGAAAUGUGUUUCAAGCAUUAGCUGAUAGCGGUCGUAAAGAUCUAUAUACGCAAUAAUCAAUCCAUUAAUUAGUUGACGUCCAGCUUUUUAAUAAAGAGAUCAGUAGGUUUUGCUGUGUUCCUGUGUUACACUGACUUGUUAGAGAACCAUGUGUAAAGAGACUACAGUGUCUCACACUGCUAUUGAACGUUUUACCUUUUCAGAUACACUCUUCAGAAAGAUUUUUUCAUUUUAUGCGUAUAAGCCUAAUUCUAUCAGGUUCGAAUGUUCGAAUUACAGAAGCCAUGAUGAAUCAGUUAAAACAUUUCUUUCAGUCUUACCCUCUUGUUGGAGGUGUAACUGUUGUGACUGUAAAUGUUAGUUAGCAAACAUGAACGUCCUUUACGCUUGUUACUAAAAAAAAAUGCUGAAGAGCGUGAUUUGGGUUUUUUGACCUAAAGGAAUUUUAUAGUUUGACUGUGGAAGGCAGAGCUGAGCUUUGAACUGGAGUGAACAGAUGGAAACCACACUUGGAUGGGCUUUCAAUUGUAAUUAGGUUUUCAGGGUAUGGGUUAACAUGGUACUAUAGUUAUCCUAAGUAUACACUCACAAAGCACUUUAUUAGAAACUCAAAUUCAAAUACUGAUACUGGAAAGAGUUUGAGACAACUUUUGCUUUGUGACAUAAUGCGUUAUUAUGCUGGAAGUAGCCAUUAUUAGGCUGUGACCAUGACAGGAGUAAUACACAUCAAUCCAAGAAGACAUUCCCCAUACCAUUACACAACAUCUACCAGCCAACUUAAAACAGGCUAGGUCCAUGGAUUAAUGCUGUUGCUGCUGAAUUCUGACUCCAGUUUUAGUUAGCCUGUUUUUCCGGAGGCCUCAGCUCUCUGUUUUUUUGGCUGACAGAAAGAAGGAACAUGAUGCAGUCUUUAGUUGUUGUAGAUGUGCAGAUGUUCUUAAUAAAGUGUUCAAUAAUACAUUAUUAUCAGAUUGUAAGUUGUGCAAUAGCCCAGUAAUUUAAUAGCUUUUUAUAUCUAAAAUUGCAGACAAUCUGUGCAAGAAUAUUUGUUUUGUCUUAUUUGUCCCCUACAUUACAAUAUGUCGGUAAUAUUAAACAAGUUAAAUAUGUGCAAUUCAAAAUUGGACCUGCCUUAACUGCAAUUUGAGAAGGGUUAAAUAAUUGAUUGUGAUUCAACAUAUAGAUAUUAAUCUUGAAAAUGAAUACCAUGUUUUACGGACACUGUAUUAUAAGGAUCCUUAUCAGUGAACGUCUAUUUUCUGAUUUAUUUUCAUACAUAAGGCGCACAGGAUUAUUAGGUGCAUUUUAAGUGACAAUAUUAAGGAACAGGUGUGUUGCCAUGUUGUUAAGCGCUUCCGUUUAUUCAUAGUAAGCUUGGCUUUUCUAUCAUUUUAACAGAGCUACACUGAGGAACUCUGAGUGUUUCGGUAAACCAGGGUAACGGUUCGUCCCACGUAGCUUGUUUUAACAUGGCAAACACGCAGGCUACAGUCUGAUAUACUCACCUCUGAGCUGCGAAAGGGCUAGCGCUGUGGUUAGCGGCUAAUGCUAAUGCUGCUCCAGCCUCAGCGCUGGAGAAACUUAACUGAAACUCCCUUGUAACACUGUAUUCCAGCUGAGUUGCUUUACUGCUCCUUAAAAUCAACACUGUUAUCCUGCAGUUUACCUCUGCACCUUUCUUUCAUCAUCUUCUCAGUAAUAAUAAUGAAAUCACUGCUUGUUGCUGGUGUUAUAGCUGAGCACAGCUGUCCUUAAACUGAGAUGAUACUGCGUUUGAAAAAGCAGUAAAACCCAGAUGGUCAGAUUUAACAACCACAGACGAGAUUAACAAACGGGACAAUCAGUGGAACACCAACCAGAGACCUUUAAUGACUAAACUGCCUGCUCACCAUCGUUUUUAUUAUCACAGUUCAAUAACAGAAUUGUGAGAAUUUACAUAAAUCGACAGACGACUGAUGGAAAUCACAGAUUUUCUUCAUACAUUGAUCAUACAAUACUGUACCUGUGGAAACGGUUCACUAAAUUGGUCCAGAAAAGGGACUCUGACUUAUGAGGGCUAGUCAGUCAUGUGAAAAAAACAUUUCUCCUCCUUAAUAGUCUGUCUGUAUUUGAAAUGCUUGUUUGUGUAAGUGCAAAUCAAAUACAAUCCACAGGGUUGCAUUGAUGCUGUUCUCCUUUUUUUGCUAUUUUCUUUCUCUUUUUUUAAUUCUGAUAUAAUUGUAUACUAUGAAUGAUUAGUUAUGUUCAUUAUUAUGAUUAUGCUGUAUUUCAUUGAACAGAUGGUAUAAAUACAUGGAAGUAAUAGAAACACAUACUGUAUAUAAAGUCCUCUCACAGUUGAGCAGAGCAUGGUGGACAGUCUCUGAAACGUGACCUUUCAUGAAUUCGACGUUGGUUAGUGGUUUGUGUGGACAAUCACACUUGUCUUUACAAGUGUUACUGAAUGUUGCAGAUUUGUCCUGAUAUUUAUUUGACCUUUUUCUAGGUUAGUUGUGGUUCUGUUUUGAGAUUUUUUUGAGGUUUGUUUUUUUAUUAUUAUUUCUUUUUUUAAAUGUGCAGUUCACAGAUUUACUAUUUGGGUUGAAGUGGGGCAUUUUUAAACAAAUCUGAUUCUACUGUUAGCCUUUUUCCUUAAAAAAAGGAACAAAAGGAAAUGUAGUUUACAGAUUUUACCACGACGUGAGAUAUUGAUACUGGACCUGAAGCUUCAGUUUCAAUACUAAUACACUAAUAUACCAGGAGCCAGUGUAUUCCUACAUCUAGACUACAUCAGCUCCUUCUCCACCAUUAAGAACUAAAAAUAAGAGUCAAAAGAUGCGUCAUCUGUCUCCAACUGCUGCAACCCCCCAUCCCCCACUCCGCCCACGUGGAUGUUAUUGCAUGACUGCAGUACUUACUGAAUGAAGAAUGUUCUAUUAGUAUGACUGUACAUAACAGGAUAUCAACAUUUAAUAUUGACCAUGAAGCAAACAGAGAACUAUUAUUCAGGAUCGUGUGUGUAUGUCUGAAUGUAAUGUGUGUAUGAGAGUUUCCAUUCAUUGUAGGUGAAUAUUGCAUAUUUAUUUUGUAAGCCUAUACCAACAUAUAUAGAUAUAUAUACAUAUAUGUCACAACAGAGCUGAAUGUUAUUUUAGAAAUCUAUGAAAUAUGAGAUAUUAUUAAGUCCUCUAACUUGUGUACAGACAAUGUGCAACUGAAUACAGAGAGAUGUGAAUAUUUAUUGCUUCAUAACUAUUAUAAAGUGUCCUUGCAGUGAAUAAAACUGAGCGUUGUUUGUUCAUUUUUA